GGGGAGGAGGGGAAGGCGACGAGGAGGAGGAGAGAGAGAGAGAGAGCUUCUGUGGGGAGGUGUCGCUGCAUCUCGCUCGCUACGUCGCGCUGCACUCGAGCUGCCAGCGGCGUGGCCUCUCUCCGGGCAGCAGCGCGGCUCCCCACGAGGGGGGACCCCGCGAGUGAGACCCGGGCCUCGGGACGACAUCCCGACUCUGGCAUCGGAGACCUGGGACCUGGGAGCAGAGAGGACACGCGCGGACGCAGUCGCGCCGAAUUGCCUCCCGGCGGCGGCGAGACGGAAGACAGACGAAGACGCUAGCCCCCGAGAUAAUUAUCUCGCUCGCGAUCUGGGAGGAAGGUGAGGAGGACGAGCAGCAGGCGGCGACACGGAGGUCCGGCCCGCUUGACCCCCUCUGCCCCCCCCCCGCUCCUCUCCCGUGCCCGGCGCGGGGGGCCGACCGCCACGAUGGGGGCGUCGCAAUCGGGCGGCAGCUCCCCGCUGGCCAAGCUGGCGACGCUGCGCUCGCUGCACAUCGUCAUGCUGGGCCUGGACUCGGCCGGCAAGACAACGGUGCUCUACCGCCUCAAGUUCAACGAGUUCGUCAACACGGUGCCCACCAUCGGCUUCAACAUGGAGAAGGUGCGGCCCGGGGCGGGCGGCGCCCGUGGCGUCAGCUUCCAGUUCUGGGACGUGGGCGGCCAGGAGCGCCUGCGGCCGCUGUGGCGCUCGUACACGCGCCGCACCGACGGCGUGGUGUUCGUCGUGGACUCGGUGGACGCCGAGCGGCUGGAGGAGGCGCGCACGGAGCUGCACCGCGUGGCGCGCACUCCCGAGUGCCAGGGCGUGCCCGUGCUCGUCGUGGCCAACAAGCAGGACCUGCCGGCGGCGCUGGCGCCCGCCGAGGUGGAGCGGCUGCUGGCGCUCGCCGAGCUGGGCCCCGCGGCGCUGUGGCACCUGCAGCCGGCGUGCGCCAUCAUCGGCGAGGGCCUCCCCGAGGGGCUGGACAAGCUGUACGAGAUGAUCCUGCGGAGGCGCAAGAUGCUCAAGCAGCAGCAGAAGAAGAAGCGAUGAGUUUUUUUUCGCGCGUGCGUGCGUGUUUCACGCGUGAUGAACCUAUUGCUGUUGUUGAAGUUUUGCUUUUUUAAAAAGUUCAUUCUGGAAGGGUGGUUGUUGUUAAUAGUGCGCCAGAAUGAACGGUGGCGUUUAUUUGAGACCCGUGCGUUUUGAAAUGUAUGCAAUCGUAGCCGGCGCGUGUUUGCCGCCCAUGAGCGGAGGUGAGCUCGCGAUUGAGGCCGCGCGGUUUGAAUGCACUGCCAAGGAAAACGAUUCUACCCGUGAUGGCUGGAGAGACGAAAUGGAAGUGCCUGGGUAUGCCUGCCUGCCCGCCUAUCCGUGGGCUAUGACAGAUGUAGUAUUGUAUUGAGAGAUGUGUUUGCGUUACAUUUGUCAUACGCUGUGUGCGCGCAGGUGGGUGCGAGUGUCUGCUACAGCUUUUGCGCUCCACUGAUUCUGAGCUGAAGUUUUCGUGCCGCAGGCGGAGUUUCUGCAUCUCACUGACCGAGUCGGUUUGGACUCCGCAGUUGGUGAACAAACGUUGAGUCGAGUUUACUGGAUUAAGCGUAAUGAAUCGUGCUGGAUUUAGCGUAUGAAUUCUGGAUCAAGCGUGUGAGUUGUGAACUUCUCUGAGUUAGUAGAUGUGUGAGAGCUACUGAACGCCCCAUUGGGGUACAGAUCCUGCUGUGAUGCUGCAGCGGGGGUGGGGGGGGGGGUGCAGGCAGUUGCAGAUUAAGCUAGUGCGGUGCCUGUAGCAUGUUGAAGGCAGUAUAGUACUAUAGUAGUAGAGCAAGUGCAGAAUCACUGAACCGGAAUUGAUAGCUUGAAAGCAUUUAACGCGCGGGGCCCGUAGCACGUGUAGAUACUUUUGCUACGAGGAUCAUCCGGCACUGGGUGCUGGUGGUGUUUUUAGUUUAUUUGCCGAAACCCCAGAAAUCGGCUGCGCCUAAAAUGCGACCAUCCUACUUGGUCGCCAAUUCUGAAUUGAAAACUUAAGAACUUAGGACCGACCUUGCAAUUGAUGUCAUUUUAAAUUGGAACGAUCCCUCGCGGCACCAAUUAACUGGCGGACCGCACGGAAGCGAUGAGGGUCGCGACCACCACCAUCACCACCUCAAAGGGAGAGACCGGAAGAGCCCCUGUCUGCGUGUCGUUAUUAAAGUUAGCUGGCAUGGGAGACGGACAUCUUUUUGUCUGCAGUUCCAGUAAUGAGGCCUUUUUCUGCACCCGGCCACUGUGAAUAGAUCCGCGAUUGCAGGAAGGCCACGGCGGUGGGGGAAAUGCAUCGAUGCCCUGGAGGAGAAGACGAUGGGAGCCAUGCUUUCGUAAAAAAAUGGUUUGCGACCAAUCCGAUUACACGGUACACAUGUGCUCUCUACCUUUUAAACAUGGGCACAUUUGUUCAGCGAUCUGAAUGUCAGUAUUUGUGAGAGACUUGACAACCGACUGAAACGAGAAUGAUAAACGAAACUAUUUUAGAUUUUACCACGUAAGGCCCACUCAGCUACGAAGCUUUUUUUCAGAAGCAACCUGGCCACAAAUGAUAGCUCAACGAAGUGGCUGAUCGUGUGGAAAUUUAUAGCAGCCAAAUACUCUAAACGCACGUUUCUAAAUGUGGAGAGAAAAACCGGGGGACCGGAAGAAAAAUCCAAAACACGCAAACUCCAAAUAUACAGGCGUCGGGGUCGGGAUCGUACCCACGACUUGCAUACCAGGCGAGGUCGUUAACAUCUCGCCACGGUGACUGACUUGCGGUGGACCUGAGGCUGGAACAAGAUGCUUUUUGUAAAAUAAAAAAAUAAUUAUCGGUUGCUUUGCGACAUGCCAUGGGGCGGCAACGUUGAGUGAAGUUUAGCGUCGUCUGGCCUUGGCUUUCAUUCAAGAGUGCAGAGAGCCUUGAGGCUGUUUCCUAUGGGUGGGGUACAUUGCUUGUGAAUACGAGAGUGCAAAUUGUGCCUUUUAUUCAUGUGCUUUCCAAUGCAUUGUGUAUCUCUUGCGAUAAUGCAACAUCUGCAAUCUGUUGUAUAAUGACAAUAAUUUACAACCCUUUGUCAAUCCACUGGCACUGCGAGACAAAGUCUUAUCGCCCCCCCCCUCCCCAAUGCUGUGUCGGGUCAUGGAGGUUAUUUGACUAUACUUCACCAGGCUGGUCAGUGCGGGUUGGUGAAGGUGAGGAUGGGUGCAGGACCGGUUCAGAUAGCGCUCGUCACUGAUGUUAGCUGUGGCCGAGAAUCAAAUUUGGGUCGCCGGAUUCGGAAUCCCAGCAUGCUAACCACUGCGCCACCACUCCAUCUUUGCAAGCUGUUACGCUGUGAUUUAAAUGCUGUUUCAUAGGCGAGUGUUUUUAACGUGCCCACUUAGCUUUUCUACGUGAUUAAAUGCAUUUAUAAAUGUAUGCAUGCAUGUUGAACUUCUUUCGCACCGUACGUAGCCAACAGCACUCAUCGGAGGUGUGGGGAAUAAAACUGCUGUGUGGGUGCGAGCCGCGGGAGUGCAUCGAUUGUCUUGCCCGCCAUGCUGGGCACGAGCGGCCAGAGCUUCUUAAGCAGCUUCUCAAUGGUAAUGAUGCAAUUUCACCGAGAAUUAAUGUAGAUAGAGCAGUGGAAAUAAAAUCAAUUUAUCUGUCCCUUUUUUUCUUUUCAAAUUCGCUAUCGGAAAAUUAUUCAUGCCAUUUGUUAAUGAGCGUGACAUUUUUAUUUUUUUGCAUCGCGGGCAUCAUUUAAGUUGGGGCUAGAUACACGGUCAUCGGCACUGAAGUCCCGGAACUUCCAGCCGUCCUCUGUGAUGCUCAACACUAGUACGCACCUCCGAUUAGCACGGUUGGCUACGAACGGUGCGAAAGAAGUUCAAUAUCCAUACACCAUGGGGUUCCUCUCCCACCUGGUUUGGCAUGAACCAGGAGCCCUGUAGGGAGUCGUACCACACUCAACAGGUGGAUUCUCGGCAGAACAAAUGUGCUUUGUCGACUAUAAUUUGUGUCUAUUAUACGAGGUUAACGCGGAGGAAAAAUAGACAGAUGUACAGCGGUUUCACUCUUGUUAGGAAUCGUCAUCAAACACAGCAUAGCUACUGUUGCCAAAUAUUAUGGCCACGGUUUUGACCUCCUUCGGUCGUCUAAAACGAGGCUGCCGUGCAAUUAUAUACACACACAGCAUGGUGAUGUCAUGUGACAUGCAAGGCAUGUCACUGACCACAAGCCGGAUCCUCCCAUCAUGCCUGGCACGUGACAUUGAAGUCACGUGACAUUGAAGGCAUGACGGGAGGACCGAGCUCGCAUGACACCAGCACGCAGUGAGCAGCAGUCUUGUUUAAGAGCUCCAUCCCAGCACUCAACAUUCAAAAAUCGUGGCCUUGCUCUUUGACAACGAUGGCUCUACUCUACUCGUUGUGAAUAAGCUCCCAGCGUGCCUUUCAUGUGAUGUGUAAUGCAUGCUGGGAUGACCGAUGUAUUUAUUUUACAGUCACAAUACUGCCGUGUGAAUCGCCGUUUGUGAAGUCAUAUUAGUACUCUUUCGUUUCCAGCCUCCACGUAGUUUUCUGUCCGCGAGUUUCUCAUCAUUUACAGAAAGUGGUGGAAUGUUUGUUGAAGGUACCGCGUACCAGCGCAAACCUGGCCACGGCGAUCGGUGUCCUUUCUGUGCUCCGUUUUUGUGCGUCAUGGGCAUUCCAUUUGGCGGUGCAUCAAUUGGGAGUGUGAAGAUUGCUUUCACGCGAGCUGUUAAACCAGGUAUCGGCAUUGUGAGCAUGCAGGUCAACGCUAGCUCGCUCGCUCACCAGUUUGUGACCACGCUACACUUGAUUGAAGUGAGUAAGAUGACUUGUGGUAUUGUGGGUGGAAUGCUUGUGGAUUAAAAACUUGAGUUAGAUUUUUGACUGCUCUGCCACUCCCUUGGCAAGCAACAUCAGACUUUAUGAGAUCAGUGUUGUUUUUGGAUAAAAUUACAUUUUUUGUUCCCGUACGCGUGCGUGUGUGUGUGCUUUUACGCGUGGUUGGCGUGAUGCGCUACGAAUCUGGCGAACCGAGUUCGAUGUCUGCCCAUGGCCAACACCAGUGACGAUUAUCUGAACUGGUUCUGGGUUCUACUCAAAUAAGUACCUGGUGCGGUGUGUAAACAUCGCCACAGUGGAGACGAAGGCGGCUGGGCGUGGUGCUGGCCACCCACCCCCCUCGUGUAACGUGCCGGCCUUCAGAGGUGCUCGCUAACAGCCCUUGCCCCAAAAGUCUGUUAAGGCUAUAAGGGGGAUCUUUGUUUUUGUUUUACGCGUGUAAAAAAGGCCGGGUAAUUGGUGGCUCGUUUUCGGAUUACGCAUUCCUGUGAGAUCUCCAUUGGUUAUGAAAAAACACUGUCGUUUAUUUAAAAUGUACAAAAAAUGUUGUAUUCUUGUUUAUUUAAGCCGAAGUUCUUUUUUAUUUGUAUAUGUGUACGUGUAACUAAAAGCUUUAAUAAGU